UAACAGGAAGCGAAGGAAACGUCUGAAACAGAAGUUAUCCAGACACUCAGGGAAAAGAUUUCCACCUGACGCCAUGACGACAGACUCGUCACUGCUCACCUCGGAGCUGGAGCUUCAGCAGCAGGAGGAGCUGUACGAGCAGCUGCUGUUCCAGACAAUGGGGGAACUGCAGAAAGAAAACCCAGACUCCAGAGUGAUCCGACCACAGCCUGGUCUUUGUGUGAAAACGCUGUCAGAACCAGACAAACAGAAGGUUUUCGUUAACGUGUGCCAGUCCAACGCCGUCCCGGCGCCACCACAGCUGUCCAGAGAAGAGCUGGUGGAGCUGCUCCAAUCAGACGACCCCAGCGGAUACAGAGUUCCCAUGAGCCUCGGCGAGCCGCAUACGGAAACAGACAACAGUUCCCAGGGCUGCACUGCCUAUGACGUGGUCAUAAACCAGGAGUUCUUCCAGACCUGUCAGAAGGAUCCUCUGUUCCAGCAGUUCAUUAUCCUGGUGUCUGUGGAGGGGCUGGAGAACAAGUACAACCUGGAGCUCAGCAGAGAUUGGAAGGUUCUAAAGAACAGGAAGUUUUUGGGCAGUUUAAGUGAACAGAACAUCCGGACAAAGAGCAGACCAGUGAUAGAAGAACUGCACACACAGCACAGUUCUACCGGCGCCCAGAGACCACAGUUCAGUUUGCUGGUGGAGCCCCCUGCUGGUCAGCCCCAGUAUCUGACAGCUGAAAUACACCUGCCUGGAGUGUCGUCGUGUGCGUCUCUGGUCCUGGACGUCGGCGAGGACAGACUGGUGUUGACGGCUCGUCCAAAUCUGUUCCACCUGGACAUCUGCCACCAUUUAGUUAUCGACCAGGAGAGGAGUACAGCCAAGUACGACAACAACACACAGAUCCUGACGGUGACUAUGCCGGUGGUGUCCACAUGAAGUUACACACGGACUAUACAUGGCGUUAUGUUGGCUUCAAAAUUACAUCCAAAUUAAACUAUAUCUGGAAAAAAUCACGUGUUUGAAUUCUGACU